AUGUGGGAAACGAGAUUUUUCAAUAAUUGAUUGACGCUGAUAUUCCCCACAAACUCAAUUUUUAAUUAAAAUCGUAGGUAUCUGCUGGUGUGUGAUUCAAUCAAUUUGAUCGCUACCUAUCAAUUUAAAAGAGACAUUUCAAAAAUGGAUACUUUUCUGAUAAUUGGAAUAUGCUUUCUUUGUUAUGAGUUCUGCGAUUUGAUCAGACGUUAUGCAACACCCUCGAGCCAUAAUCCCCAUGAUAUUGGACCAUCGGCACCACCUUCACCCCGAGUUUACUCAAUCUCGCACAAAAUUUCACCACAGAAUCCUCCGGAGUGCUGUUCACAAUAAGAAAAGGGAUUCCAAAUCCAAGUGCAUGUGUACGAGAAUCUGAAUCAUGUUGCCAUUGGGAUAUUCCUCGCAAAAAGAUAAAUGGACUAGGAAACACAUUUAGCUGAUGAAUUGAAUACUUACCAGGAGCUGAAACCCUUGGGGACAAUACAUUUCCUUGUAACCCGCAGGCCAGCCACGGAAUCAAGUGAAAAGCAUUGGUGAACCACAAGAACAUUCAAAAGUCCACUUCGAUGUUGAAAUGUCGUGUGAAGUCCAUUUGCUCAUUUCCUUUUGUGAUGAUGGAUACAAAUUAGCUUGAUGAGGCAUAUUCAAUGAAGUCUUCUCAAACUUAUGAAACUUCUUGAGAGUGCAAGUGCAUUGAUCUGAGUCGAUCAUGGGCCAUCAAACUUCAUGGGAGUCUGUCAGUCAUGCUUUCAACCAUCUAUAAUCAAUCUUUCGUACCGUUAGACGUAUGCAUGCAUACCUAUCCCAGAGAGUUGGAUUGAUUCAACAGGGAGAACAGUGCCUCUGUGGGAAAUAGUGUUUGAUGAAAUACUUGAACGGCUGGUUGAUGAGGGUAUCAGGCUUUGAUCAAUCAUUGAGUGAAUUGAGGACGAAUGGAGUGGCUGGGCUUGACAGACGAGGUUAGUGCCUCUGCCUAGUACUCAACGUAAUCCGAGUGUCCACCGAGUUGAGCUGACAUAUUUAGCUGAACGCGUUGACUCUGCGAGACGUUGUUUAUCAUAGAACACUAAUCCAGAUUGCGGAAACCAAUGCUUCAGAGGAUUUUGCGGAAUACUUAUGAACAGGUUUGAUGUGAUUUGCUGGCGAUUGGAACUUUGUUGUGGAGUAACAUAGUAUCAGGAUGUGCUACUUAAAGUGUCGCCUUACGUCUUGUGAAUCUUAGUAGAACUGAUUCUCCGUUAUAAUCCUGAAAGACGAGGUAUAGAGGGAUCAUCGUUGAAGGAAGAUACAAAAUAAAGAGGGAUGGACUCGUUGGAGCGGUUAAUGAGCACCGGACCUCAUCAUUCGGCUCUCACCGCUGCAUCAAGAACGCAAAAUGCUUUUGUCCAAGCGAGCAUGUGCUCGGUGAUUGGUCGAAAAGGUCGUCAUCUUACUGGCACAUUCUGUCUGACUGGGGAUACUAUGGAGGGCAUCAUUCAGUGUCUGGUUUUUCUCAAGGCAUUCUCGGUAUGUACUCAAUCCUUGAUGUUCGAUCGACCACCGACCAAUGAAAAUGCUUGAACUUUUAUGUGAGAAUAUCGAAAGAGUUUUCUAUGUUAAAUAAAUGAUAAUAAUGUGUGUGUGUGUAUAAAAAAAUAUAUACAGUAUUUAAUUUCUAUCAGGUGUUUAUUUGUCUCUCAACUUUGUACAGUUGUCUUUUUCAUCUGCUAAAAUUGUCAUCACGUUUAACGAUGCAACCGAGGUAAAAUUAAAUGUGCAAACUAGAAAUGAGGAGUGAAUGAAACAGAAUGAGAAAAGAGCGUGAAGUUGUAGAAUGGCGGUGUGAAAAGUUUCUACUUACGGUGCAUAGGGUACCUCAAGUAAAUGGAAAAACUUUGUGAUACAGUAUUGAAAAAAAAAAACUUCAUAAUUUAUUAACUGCAAAAAUUUUGCAAGCUGCAUACCGCCAAUGACCCAGUUACUCUCAGUAAACGUACUUCAGCUUUAAAAAUUUAUUUUUUGAAUCAUUUGCUCAUUCGUAGGGCUCAACCCAGGGCCAACAACAACAAUUUGUUCAUUGUGUUUAAUUAUUAAAUUAAUAAACAUCGAGUAAAAUAGAAAGAAUUAUCGAUCCCCCUCCGUUCAAGGGAUAAUUUCACUAGUUAAAAAUUGUCACAUUCAGUAAAUUACCCCCGAAGUUCAAUUCUCAUUGCCCAUAUUCUGACCAUUGUCAUAUAACAAUCAUCUAGUUAGCUGUCAUUCUGACGGUGAGAAUUUUUUGAUUAUGAGUUAUUACGAAUACAUCUUACUAAUACAUGUUUUUUUAAGUAUUUAUAUAUGAUAUAACAAUAUAACAGUAUAAGCACUGUUCAUUAAACUUUUUAAAACAAAUGUUCAUGUUUUCGUAGAGCAGUUUAAAAAUGGGGAAACAACAGUUUGUCAUUAAACUUACUCCUCAUAUUGUUAUAUUGUUAUGAUAUUCUUGGUGAUCCUCGAUCAAUGGUGGCGAUGAUUCGCGAAAUCGUCAUCUUUACUCCAUCACAUGACCGUCACGGUUGCUCACCAACAAUUAUAACACUGUUCAUCAAUAUAAGCUGCCAAUUAAAUUAUUGGCCCAUCGAAAUCACCCCAAAUAAUUUCUAAAAAACGGAUUAACAAAAUACUUCUAGUAAUUCAAUUUUCAUUAUUUCCGUUUUGAUGUCAGUCAAAAAAAAGUUUUUAAAUAAAUAUUCGUCUGAAGAUAACUGAUAAUUUAAGUAAUUUAUUUGGUUGAAAAAGACAUACAGGUGUCAGUACAACUGGGUCAUUGUCGGUGCUCUGCUCUCUGGCUGAUUGUCAAAAAAUGUGAAAAGUCACAGUUUGUGAAUAAAGAAUCACUUAUGAAUUGUUCUCAACCGCACUUAAUGCUCCUUGAAGUGGAAGACGUCUUUUAUCUAGCACUCUAGCAUA